ACUCUGUCUGGCUGGCACAAUAAACACAACCUGCCUUUAUUGCAUUAUCAGACGCUCAUCAGAGUCGCCUUGAGGAGAAACUCUGUGUUUCCUCUCAGACGCGUAGAGCGAUAAAAGGAGCAGUUUAAAACUCUGGAUUACUGCACACAGAGCGGCUUUCAGUUGCACCAAGAGCCAUUCUGUUUCAUUUGAUUGAUACUGAAGAGCAGAAAACAUGGCCGAUCCAGCAGCUGACGUGGGCCUCCCGACCGUGGAGUCCAGCCUGCGCAACAACCUCCAGGCUCUCCUCAAAGAGGUGAACGGCCAGAGCACCUCACAGAAAGGAAUGCUUCGGUGGCGUGUUGAGAAGAAGUUAGAGAGCGACCCGUCCUGCAGCGUGUCACUGGUCCGACUGCUGCUGCAAGAGCUGGAGAAGAAGCUAGAAGCUGUUAGCACGACUCAUGAAACACGACCGUACGAGCAUGUCAUCCCAGUGCUGCACACUCUCUACUAUGUGGUUAUUCAGUCAGGUGCCAUGAUCCCCUCCAGCCUUUACCAGACAGCGUAUGAGCGUUUGAUAAAACUGCUAAUAUUACCAAAGCCUUACUCUGCUGUGGCCCUGAGCACCCUGAGGAGCAUCAGGAUGGAGAUGAUCACACCAGGCUCUUUAUACCAGAGGAGAGUCACUGCAGAGCAGCACUUGAAGAAUGAGCAUUACACUUUGCAGGAAAAGGUGUUUGCUCUCGCUGACCCGGCUGUGUUUUCACCUCGGCUGGAGGCAGCAGUGAGAGGACACCUGGAGGCGUCCGGCUUCCUCAGGAACACAGCAGCCGUGCAGAGAGCCGCAGUGCUGCGUGUGCUGCAGACCGGGCUGGGGACGAGCUGCCAGAGCUCCGGACUGGCUCGAGCUCUGGAGGCUUUAGAGGACCACGUGGUGGAGAAAUAUUUCCAGGAGGUGGUGGCGGCAGUGGAGCAGAGUAUACAGGGUGCUGCAGGUGGUCGCGCAAAGUAUCUGAACAGACUGCACGACAUGUACGGAGACAUCCUGACCGCCUCCAAAGAAGAAAUAACCACAGCAGAUGACUGUACUUCUGUGCGCUGCACUGCCCUGCCCGCUCCAGAAAUCACUUUCCUCUUGUGGAGACAGGAAGAGGAUCUAUGGAAUCUGCUGGCAAACCUCGCUCUGUGUGGCAGCCGGAACUCAAGUGUUGACGAAGAAACGAAGGACAGAGGACAUUCGGUCCGGUCUGAAGAUGGUGGGACACAGCCAGAUCUAAGGGAGCGUGACUUUGAUUACAGAGCGCAGCCUCUGGUCAGAAAUCGGAUGUGUGCCUUUAAGAACAUGAAGCCGGCAGAUAAACUGACCCUAAUGAGUGAGAAGAUAGAGGCAUCUCCUGGAAGCUCUCCUGACAGGAGGCGUCACGCGACACGGGUGGUGGUGAUGGGGGACGACCGUGUGCUGGGAAGACUUGCCAGGGCUUAUCACUCUAUCCGAGAGAGAGAGUCCAAACGUCUCGUUUUGACCAAGAAGCUGAACCUGCAGCUGUACUACAUCCCGGUCACCGACAUGGAGGCGCCGCUCUGUCCACCUGAUAUCCCAUGUCAGGGUGAAGGCAGGUUGUCUCUCGCCUCCUUGUUGGGAAGAGUGGAUCCAUGGUACAACAGCAGCAUCAACAGUCUGCCCGCUGCAAUCUCCAAGCUGGCUGGAAAGCACAAUCAGAGCGAGCCGUCACCGCAAAACCUCUACCUGCUGGACACCCUGUGUUACUACCUCCGCUGUGGCACGCAGCCGGUUAACCUGCCGCUGUAUUCAGUCAAGAUGACCCGCUCUGGCUGUAACGUCAGUUCCGUGGUGGAGGAGAUGUUUGUGUCCCAUCUGGAGGCCGAGCUCCCAGAGUUCAGACACCUUAAAGAAAAGUCUGCAAAAGAGCCGUCUGCACGCAGAAAGAAGUCAACAGUGGACGUCUUUGGGGCCGUCAUGUCAGUCAGCUAUACAAAGAUCUCAGUAAGCAAACGAGAUGUGGUAAAGGGCGAGGCAUUCAUGGCUUGUGGUGUGGUGAUUACACCAGAGCUGGCUGCUGGAACAUCAGGUUCAUCAGGUAAGGAUUACCUGAAUGUCAGGUUUGACAGUGUGAACCCAGGACACAACAAACAGAUUCAAGCUCAAAACAUCAGCAUCAAGACGCUGGAGGAGCGAACACUCUCUGUGUGCCUGGACAGGGACUCCCGCAGGACGUACGCCGACGUCCAAAGGUUAGAGAUCUAUCCGUGCUUGGACCCAGGAUGCAGCAUCAGGUCCAGGUUCAGUGUCAGCAGCGAGCGAGAACUGCUGCUGAGCAAGUAUCUGGACAAAGUCCUGUCACUGCCAAUCAACACCUUCACUGGUGUGACCAUCUGAGGGGCGUGAGCUGUUCACACCAUAUGUACAUGUACAUAUGGUGUGAACAGCUGUAUACUACGCUCCAUCAGCAUCACACUGUGACAUAGUGUAACCCUUUUGAGCAGUUAUAGGCUGUACAUAAAUAUUUAUAGUUUAUAACACACUAUAAUGUUGUUAAAAGCAGAUAAUGUGUUUAUGAUAUACUGUAUUUUAAACCCCUUUAAAUUAUUUUAUGGAUACCAAUUAGUGGAGGCAGUUGUAUAAACACAUCAUUAAUGAUAAUAAAGUAAAACACAGUUGUCCAAAAAAAAUAGGUGAGGUUAUAAUUGUGUGUGUUUCAUGUGGUCGCCCUGUCACUAUAUCUUCCUGGGAAACAUCACAUGAUAAGUCAGAGUAAAGAAGGAAGUCAGCGAACGUGAGCUUUAAGCUUUGAAAUAUUACCUCAUCUGUGAGCAUUUCUGUUACAUCACAAAGAUUUUCAUCAGCACGUUGGUUGUUCACCAAGACCACAACUCCCAUGAUCUCAUGCUACUUGUAUCGUUUGUUUUGUUUUGACUUUAGAGAGCCCCAGUGGCAGAAACCUUUUUUUUUUUAAAUUUUCAUUUACAGCUUAUAAAUAUUGAAAUAAAGUAUAAGCAACACUCUUUGUAUUUUUUUUCUGUUAUAAUGUAAUGUUAUUGUAAAGUUAAGCCCUUAACCUACUUUUCUAUUAUGGUUACAAUUCAUGAUACAUGUUGUUAUAAGCUGAUGCAAUUUGCAAUGCAGUGUAAAAGUCUCUGUCUAAAUACCUGUUUUCUAUGUUACAACUUAUUUUGCAGCAUAUCAGUUAAGUUACAUUGAGUUAUCUGAUGAUUCAUUAAAGGCGCAAUAUGUAAGAACAAACCAUGUGCCAAACUCAGAUUAAAAACAAAUAGGGGGCAGCACAUCGCCAGACGAACCACUAAUUGUUGCUAACUGUAGCUGCUGUUAGCUAUUUAGCUUGGUUAGCAGUACAGCUAGCUGUCCAGACAGUGCAGACCUGGACCGGGUGGUGCUAGCAUGCUAAUGUUGGUAAAUAAAUCCCUGCAACACAAGUCAUAUACAUCAUAACAUCGAAACUGUUAAUUUUUCAAGUUCUGUUGAUACUUUUUUCAUGUUUUCAACAAAAAAUCUUACAUAAUGCACCUUUAAGUGUGACCUACUCACAAGCACAUUCAUGAUCGAAUGUAUCUUACUCAAUGUUUUAAAGUUAAAGUUAACAGGUAUUUCCACUUGGUGUUUUCACAUUACAUAACUUAAACUAACAAUUCUUGUUCAGCAUAUUUCAGAGAGAACUACUGUACUUUUAUUUAACUACACUAUAUAUAUUUCAUAGCUAUAGUUAAAAGUUACUUUGCAGCUUUUUGAUGUAAAACAGAUGAUACAGCUCAUAAAAUGUGAUUAUGAUGCAACGUUAAUGAUAAAACUAAAGUGAAGUGUAUUCAGCAGUCUGAACGGGUCCCUGUUAUAAGUUGAGUACACAUUGCUGCUAACUGUAUUGUAAUUAAACUUAAGGAAAAUAUUUUUAAUACUUUAUCAUUACUGAUACAUUUACUGUGACAAGUACUCUGUUGUUCAUUGUUGUUCAUCACUUACAUUUUGAAUAAA